CUGUCGAACUUCACGAAUAUAUUCGGAAGUACGAUAUAUGUGGCUCAGACACUCGUUGGAGACGCCUUUGUGCUGUACAGAUGUGCCGUGGUAUGGGGACGAAACUACUGGACAAUCGCCUUCCCUUCCCUCCUCCUAGUAGGCAGCACAGUCUCGGGCAUCGGCAUCCUCUACUCCUUCGCCAAGAUCUCCACCGACACCGUCAUCUUCGCCGCGCAGCUCAACCAAUGGAUCACGGCGUUCUUCGUACUCACCCUGUCGACUAACAUCAUCUGCACCGCGCUCGUUGCCUUCCGCAUCUGGCACAUCAACAAGCUGAGCCUCCGCGUCGGCGCAGACAACCUCACGCCAGUGCUGCUCGUCGUGGUCGAGAGCGGGAUGAUCUACUCCGCUACGCUGAUCACACUGCUGGUGACAUAUGAGGUCGGCAGCUGGGCGCAAUACCUGAUGCUGGACGCGGUCUCGCCUAUUGUGGUACGU